GCGUGGUUUCAAUAUUUAGUUUCAUUACAAUCGAAAUUCUAUCGUCAGAAGGUCAAGGACACGAUCCAAUUUAACGAAUACAAAUAUACUAAAAAUAUUUGAAAAUAAUACAUUAUUUCCUUUUCUUUUUGUUUUCGGGCUGCUUCACUGCUCACAAAAUCGACCUAAUUUAUUUUAAAGAUAAAAAGAACCGGUUUUUACUUUCAUAUUAGGACAAAGAAUGAAGAAUAUUUCGUUAGUAUUCUGAAAUUUACACGAGCAUCCAAAGCCAUCGAGAGUUGAAUUUCAAUGAAUCAACAAAAGAGAAGGCAUCGACCUAGUCGAAUUCUGGCAGUUUUCACUUUCAGACGAUCCGUUGUCAAUUCUCUUUGGUAUAUUGGGUUACCAAUACGUACUCUCUGGUAAUCUUUAAACUAGAAUAGAGAAGGUGCGACGUGGGAAGGUGUGGCGUAAUCGUUCGAAUAUGUAAAAAUCAGAUGACGUCUGCUACUUUUUUCUUCCUUUCUUUAUUCUUUUUUUUUUCCCCCUUUUUAACUGCCAAGUCCUCGUAUCCUAGGAACACCUCAGGAGAAAUUUUGCUUAAUGAACGUUGAAGUCACGUGAUACGACCCACAAUGAUAAUCAGAUGGAUUAGAAAGUGGCUCGUUUCUUCUUUCGUGAAUUAUGUAAAUAAAAAAAUAAAACAAAAUAUCUUAAAAUAUAGAAUAUGUUUUAUUAAUAGAGGUUAUCUAAUUAGGAGUUUUAUUAAUAGGGAUAAACGACCUCAGCAAUGAAAAGUUAGCGAUACGAAUGAGUCUUGAUAAAAAAGGACGAUUUUUUGAAAAAUGUUUGCUUGUUCAUGUACGAGCUUAUGCGGACAGUUGAAAUAUUGAUGGAAAGUAAAAAGAAAAAAAAAAUUGCUUGAAAAAAAUGUUUUCUUAUCGUGUAACAUAUCUUCCGCAAAGACUCUCAGACUUUUGAAAUAUUGUUGGAAAGAACGUAAAGAAGUACCGAUCAUUUUGAAUGUCCGUGGACUAAUUAAAAGUUACGAAAGUUGAUCGUAUUCAUCAUCGAGAAUGACACUAACGUGAUAUCGCGAUGAAGGUGGUUUCACGAAUAUGCUUCAAGUAGAAACGACCCAAUUCUCGUUGGACCUGUGGGCCUCGUAAACGUGAAAGAUGUGGGGUGGGGUCUAGUGGUAGGGGGAGGGGGGAGGGCUGGUAAACUGCCUUCAUCUUUUUUCGUUGGGAGGGGCCCAUCGGUACCACCACGUGGACAUAUAAGCACGGCUGGAUAGCAUCGAUGGCACACAGUCACUUACAACCCUUUGCUUGCUUCGUGCAUCACGAGACAGCGAAGAUUUAAACUUGACUUGAGUCUAAGCCAAUUUCGGAAGAAUGCAACUAUUCUUGGUGGCUGCAGCAUUGCUGCAAGUUGGUCUCUGCGGUCAUGUGGCCAUUAGGAUGCCAUAUUUAAAUCCUGCUGGUGUAACAUACAUUAACAACGUCCCAGAGGAAUCAUCCCUUGCUUAUGCAACUGCUUAUCAAACUCAGCAACACUUUGGAGCUCCAUUGCAGUACGCUGCACCCUUGCAAUACGCUCAAGCUGCAAUUCCAGCGAAGGUUGAAGCACAUCACGUUGGAUAUGCUGCAGCACAAGUACCAGCUGUCGCUGCUGUUCCUUAUGUCAAACAUGUACCAACUGUAUCUCACGUUCCAGUCACCAGGAUUGAAGCACAACCAGCUGUAUUUGAAAAACAGCUUGAUGUCAUCAAGCCUGCUGUCUCCACGCGUAAAGUAGAGGUACGUCGACCGGCUAUUCAGAAACAAUUCUACGAUAUCGAAGAACGUGUAAUCAUCAGGCCAGCUGGUUCAGCAGUGGUAGAACUUGACGAACCAACAUCGAAAUCACAAAAAGGACCUGCCGUUAUCCAACCUUUGGCUUAUGAUUCCAUCCAUGCACCAAUCCAAAUACCAGCACUUACUCAUUCGGUUAGCCCAGCUCCUCUCUUCAUUCCCUCUUCAACCCCAGCACCAGCAAUAGCAUCUUCUACUGCUUCUUCGAUCUCUGAGGAAGAAUCUGUAGUAGUAGACAAUCCUGAAUUCCGUAACGCGAACUCUGCACAAAACGAACAACGUCUCUUCUCUUCUGCUGACCUAUCUCAGACCAGAGCUCAACCUCAAGUAAUCACUCGUUCAAACGGAGCACCAUUGGAAGAAAACUCUCCAUUCAUUGCUCAUGAUCCAUCCCCAUCUGUUGUUCCUAGUCAAAGAUUAAAUGCUGAAGAAAAUAAAUCCAAUCAGAACAGACUGAUCGAGCUUCUCACGGCACGUGGUAGUAUUUCUGAGGUUGGAUUCGAUCGUACAGGAGAUAUCAGCAGACAGAACAUUGAAGCAGGACACAUACGUGCACGCGUUUUGUCCGCAACUCCAGCACCUGAUAACGCGGAACCAACCGAUCAACGUGUCUCCACCAGACGUGUCGUAGUUAGCAGACCAAUCGAAACUCUUCAAGAAGUCGAUGUUGUUGAGCCAGCAACGAAACUCGAAAGAGUAUCUAUUCAGCAACCAACUCUAAUUAAAACUGCUCAUUUGGAUCACGUUCAGGUUCAUGGUUCUGUACCAGUCGUCGGAAAAGCCUAUGCACCAGCUGUAGCGCAUGCAGCUGUUCCUGUUUAUCAGAAAACUAUUUCACCUGCUUACGAGUAUUAUCAUUGAUUAAAAUCUAUCCAAACUCGGCCGAAUUUCAUAAGCUUGGAAAAAGAUUCGUAUAUUUAAAUAUUUUUUACGAUCUUUUUCUGAACUUAUCGAAAUAAUCAUGAUACGCUUAUAUAAAUCCAGUGGAAAUCUUGGCUGAUCGUUCAUUCGAAAAGUCUGCAAGAAUUCCAAAUGACUAUUUGUCAUUAUGACUGAUUACAAAAUUCUAUUCCGUGGAGAUGACGUUUACUGUUGUAUAAAAAACCUAGCCAUUAAAGUUGUGAUUAAUAAUGAUCUACAUCUUUUUUGUACUUUCAUAAAUGAACAAGUUGAGUGUAUACACACACGCAUACACACGCACAUGCACACAUUAUCACAAAUGAAAAUAAAAAAUAUAGAAAUUAAAA